AUGGCUAUCAAGAAGAUCCACGCCCGCUCCGUCUACGACUCUCGUGGCAACCCCACCGUCGAAGUCGAUGUAGUGACCGAGACUGGCCUCCACCGUGCCAUUGUCCCCUCGGGAGCUUCCACCGGUCAGCACGAGGCCUGCGAGCUCCGCGACGGUGACAAGUCCAAGUGGGGAGGCAAGGGUGUCACCAAGGCCGUCGCCAACGUCAACAAUGUCAUCGCGGCCGCAGUCAUCGAAAGGGCUCUCGACGUCAAGGACCAGAGCGCCGUCGACAAGUUCCUCAACGAGCUCGACGGAACAGUCAACAAGACCAAGCUGGGUGCCAAUGCUAUCUUGGGCGUCAGUAUGGCCAUUGCAAAGGCCGGCGCUGCUGAGAAGGGCGUGCCGCUUUACGCUCACAUCUCCGACCUCGCUGGCACCAAGAAGCCCUAUGUCCUACCCGUUCCCUUCAUGAACGUUCUCAACGGCGGUUCGCACGCUGGUGGUCGAUUGGCCUUCCAGGAGUUCAUGAUCGUCCCUUCUGACGCGCCCUCCUUCACCGAAGCCAUGCGCCACGGUGCCGAGGUUUACCAGAAGCUGAAGAGCCUCGCCAAGAAGAAGUACGGCCAGUCUGCCGGCAACGUCGGAGACGAGGGUGGUGUUGCUCCCGAUAUUCAGACUGCUACUGAGGCUCUCGACCUCAUUACCGAGGCCAUUGAUGAGGCUGGAUACACUGGCAAGAUGAACAUCGCUAUGGAUGUUGCCUCCAGCGAGUUCUACAAGGAGGAUGCCAAGAAGUACGAUCUCGACUUCAAGAACCCCGACAGCGAUCCCACCAAGUGGAUCACCUACGAGGAGUUGGCUGCUCAGUACAGCGACCUCUGCAAGAAGUACCCCAUUGUCAGCAUUGAGGACCCCUUUGCCGAAGAUGACUGGGAGGCCUGGAGCUACUUCUACAAGAGCCAGGGGUCUGAUUGCCAGAUCGUUGGUGACGACUUGACCGUCACGAACCCCAUCCGUAUCAAGAAAGCUAUUGAGCUCAAGGCUUGCAACGCUCUGCUUCUCAAGGUCAACCAGAUCGGUACCCUAACCGAGUCUAUCCAGGCCGCCAAGGACUCUUACGCCGCUGGCUGGGGUGUCAUGGUCUCUCACCGCUCUGGAGAGACCGAAGAUGUCACCAUUGCCGACGUUGUCGUUGGUAUCCGAGCUGGUCAGAUCAAGACCGGUGCCCCUGCCCGUUCCGAGCGUCUUGCCAAGCUCAACCAGAUCCUUCGCAUUGAGGAGGAACUCGGAAGCAACGCCACCUUUGCUGGCACGAGCUUCCGCACGGCGGUAAACAUGUAA